AUGGCGGAGUACGAGGCUUAUAUCUUUGGCAUUAAAGCUACGAUUGAUCUUAGGAUCCAAAUUCUUGAAGUCUAUGGAGAUUCAGCCUUGGUCAUUAGCCAGGUCAAAGGAGAUUGGGAAGCUCGAGAUCACAAGCUAAUCUCUUACAAGGAGCAUGUCCUAAAGUUGAUCCCGUACUUUGACGAGAUUACAUUCAAUCACAUUCCUAGAGAGGAAAAUCAUUUGGACGACGCCUUAGCAACACUUUCAUCCAUGUUUAAGGUCAAAUGGAAAAAUGAAGCACCAUCUUUUCAUCUUGACUACUUGGACGAGCCUACUUACUAUUUGAAAGCCGAAGACGAAGUUGAUGGCCAUCCUUGGUUCUAUGACAUCAUGAAGUUCCUAGAAAGCCAAGAGUAUAUAGAGAACGCAUCCAUCACCGACAAGAAGUAUCUUCAAAAACUUUCAUCAAAAUUCUUCUUAAGUGGAGUAGUGUUGUACAAAAGGAAUAAUGAUUCGGCUCUGCUUAGGUGUGUGAACAAGCUAAGUGAACACACGACGGUGAAGAAAAUCUUGAGGGACAUGAAGGUUCCUUUGGGACGCAUGCUAGUGAACACAAGACGGUGA